AUUGUAGUCCGUUUCCGGUUUCCGGCGACAAAGAAAAGUUCAAUAUUUUCUUUAUUUUCUGGAUAAGUAGCUGUAUUUUGUGUUCAACUGACCGAUAUAACCUACAACGAAAAAUAUGUUAUCAAGAUCUAUCCGAGCAGAGACGAGGAGUAGGGCAAAAGAAGAUAUAAAGCGAGUAAUAAAUGCUAUCGACAAAGUCAGAAAAUGGGAGAAGCGCUGGGUGACAAUAGGAGAUUCUACUAUGAGAAUAUUCAAAUGGGUUCCAGUAACUUUAUCAGAAACUGAAACUAAAAAGGCUGAUAAGGGGAAGAAGCAGACCCUGACCAAGUCUAGUCGAGGAAAGCAUGAAACAUCAGCUGAAAACUCGGAUACAACAGAGCAGCGUAACACUGACAGUCCAUCCCAACCAGGUCUGCCCAGUAAUAUAGCUCAGGAUGAGACAACGCAACAGUCUAGUAGCAGCGAGGUUGCCAGCACUAACGAAGACUCCAAUCUCUCUUUCCAAGGUGCCCCUAACGAUACACAGGACUCCCAGAAUGGCAUCACUAAUAACGACAUCCGCAUGGCAAUGGGCUUGACCAACGAGGACUCAAACAGCAGUAAACCAGAGUUGAUCGGGAACAGGGAAGACACAUCUGAAUCAGGUCCCCCUGUGUUACAUAGGGAAGAUGUUGAUGAACCUCCAACUAAGAAACAUUGCCCAGAGCCCUCUAGCAGAAAUAAUGAAACAAGGAAAAUUGAUACUAGAAACAUGGCCUGGGACAAGCUAGCAGUUGAGGCAUUUUUGCAUGGACAUAGUGACUUUUUAUCCUUAGGAAAUAUUAAAACAAGGAAAAUUGACUCUGGAAACAUUGCUUGGGACAAGCUUGCAGUUGAGGCAUAUUUCGUACGAAGAAAUGAUUUGCAUUUUUGCAUGGAAAUAGUGACUUAA